UAUAUCCGACGAAAUAAUUAACGAGAACACAAACAACCAUCAACUUAAAUAUAAAAGAAGACCUUAACUGCGUCCCACUUCCAAUCCACCAGUCACCAAAUCGCAAUGAAACCAAUUUUCGCAAUAAUCACUUUAACCCUGUGCACCACAGUUCAUGCCCUCGACUGCGGCAUCCACAUCAACAAGAACGACGCCCUCAAAGCCACAAUCAACAAGUGUCUGAUCAGCAAUAAGACCCUGGAGGACUUGUGGGACAUGGCCCCCAUGUCCUCCGAGUCGGACUCCAGCUCGGAGGAGGUGCCCCCAGUUGACGGGAAAAUGUUGCAAAAUUUCCGAAUCAAACGGGCCAGUGUGAGGCUAACCAACACCGAGACUAAUGAGACGACCCCCGAACCCAAAGCUGUCUCAAGCGAGGCACAAGCCACCGAAAAUUGCAUAAUCCAGUGCAUUUUCGAUAACUUACAAAUGACUGACUCGACCGGGUAUCCAGUCCACACGAAAAUCCUCGACGGCUUGCUGAAAAACACCACAAAUCGGGAACUGAGGGACUUUUUGCAAGACACCACAGAUGAGUGCUUCCAGGUGAUGGACAAGGAAGACACGAUGGAUCCUUGCUCCUACUCGAACAAACUAGUGACUUGUUUGGCCGAGAAAGGGCGCAGUAACUGUGCCGACUGGCCAGUUGGUGAACUACCAUUUAAACCCUAAUUGUUAACUUGUUAAAUUAGUGAAUAAAUAGGUGCAUACUGUG